AUGAGCAUUUUACGGGUCAAGAAUACGGCGCACGCGGCUAUUAUGUGCUCAUGCUUUCUUUCUCUCUUUCCCUUUUUUAUUCCUAUUACCAUAUAUAUACUUUUUAAAGCUGGCCUCCUACCUCUCCCCUCCCCCCUCCAAUGCUGGCCGAUGAACCGCCUCCAGCGUAGCUUCUCCACAUCGUUGUGCUUUCCUUUUUUUUUUGCGAAGAGACAAAUAGCAGCAGUAAUAAUAAUAGCAAGGACAAGAAUACUUGAAAGGCUGCUUUCAGCCAUGAAAGCCGGGUGA